AUGAACCGCCCAUCGCUAUCUAAGAGGCCCGCACAAAGCUCAUCCUCGCCUUCUAAACCAUCUCUAGAGUCUUCAGUCUACGCAAAGCUCCACGAUGCCCUCGCGCUUUUGCCCCAGCGCCGCUCGUCGCCCACAAAGCCGACCAGCAGCACGCAGGCCAUUAGGAAAUCUCCAUUUUCCAUCUUUUCUUCAUCACGACACAAGCAGUCUGCUUCUUCGCCCGCCCAGCUCUCGUCGCAACAAGUUGGCAAACCCGUUCCACCGCAGAAGCCCGUUCCGACGACGCCGCCCCCAGUGCCGCCAAAAAGUGCACCAGCAAGUCGUACGGUGACUCCGAUGGCACUUGCAGCGAUUCCGGCAACGGUUGCGUCCACGCCUCUACCGUCCCAGUCGCAGCCGUCGCAGCCAUCAAAGAGCAGACCGACCAUUCCAUUCAUUCGUAGUUCCACCUUGAUGCAGCCAACAGCAGCGAGCAGUGCUCGCCUACGACCUGCCGUGAGCAGCCCGUCACCUUCUUCUGCGUCUACCAUACGAGCCUCGACGCAUACACGCACGCUCUCAAAGUCUCGUCCGGAGCCACCGUCGACGCCCCUUUCGCCCACUGCCUCUUCUCCUUCUACCAGUGCAGAUGGCAAGACGCCGACAUUGAUCUCGAGCAGAUCACGCAUGUCUCCUUCACCCACACACGAGCUCAAGGCCUCGAGCCCCACGUUGUUAUCCCGACCUCGCCCCGCACACCGUACGCCCACAUCACCACCCCCGAGUGCAUUUCCCAUCAAGUCUGCAGCAAUUCCACCACGGUCCUUACCUCGAAAGCGAUCCAAGACGUUCCCUGACCCAUCUGACCCGGCCGCGCCUGUACCACCACCGUCUCAGACUGCUUCACGUUCCAUGAACACUGCCAAUCGCAUCAUAGAAGCAUUUGAACCUAGUCCACGCAUGAAUGACGCCCCCGAACCAUUUUCGCCUCGGAGCAAAUCUACCAGCCCAAUCCCCAUCCGCCCACCUCGUCCUUCACAAGACACCGACUUUCGGUUGAUUCCUUCUAGCUCGCGAGCGUCGGCAAGCCAUCGAAUCGUCCCCAGCACGUCGUCUAUCGAGGCAGCCGCCUCGCGCCCGCGGCCGAUCGCAUCCAGCCUCAACGAUCGUUCCAAUGCUGCAAGAGGAGUAGCACCGCUCAGUACCAGUGCACCAAAUGGUCGAUCCAGCCUGGACCGUGGACUUCCUCCACCGCCCCGAAAGGCAGUCUCGCCGACGCUCACUUCGACUGGAGCCGCUGCCCAAAAGCGACGACUGGCGAGACCAAUUCUUCAGCCCAUCCAAACCACGCCAAUCACCUCGAAGAAUGUGUCGACCAAUGCUGUCAAGCCUCCAUCGCCCGUUACACCCGACACACAGCCGUCCUCGCCAUCGCCUCGGACGCCCGCUCCGUAUGUCGACGCAAUGUCUGCCUCUGCAUACUUGACAUCAGACGAUGAGACAAAGCCAAAGAGACGGCCCGGCUUGAAGAAUAUCUUCCGCCGGCCAAUGGCGCGCAGCAGCAACGACCAGACAGUAUGA